CUUCUCGAACGAUCUCGCCUGACUCGGUUGCUAAGCCAACCCGUCGUCUGGCCUGCCUCUAGAAAAGGCUCUCCGACCGCCGAGCUCCGUACUCCAGCACAAGGUUGUUGCUGUACCCGGCCUCACCGGACCUCGGAGCCACGGAGUCGAGGAGGUGCAACAGGACCGGCCGUUCAAGUAGAGCCUCGACGCGAGUGGACACGAUCUGCCGCCUCACUCGCUCCGUCGCGUCUUGCGCUGCUGUUUAUACAAUUUGGCCGAUCGGCUUCUCCAACCGGCUCAAUCGGAUCUUUUGUACAUGCAAACUUGGUGGAGGGCGCCAGCCUCGGAGGCUGGACACAGAAGAUGGUCGACAAACGUCAUGUGGAGGAACAGACGACAAGUGUUCUGCAACGGGCUCAAACACCGCCACCCUCCCCCCCACAUGCGUCGGAUCGAGGAGCCUGUACCUGUCGCCAAGCCUCCGACAAGCCAUCAUGUGGCGUCGCUUCCGGGCCACGUGAUCGCAGUCCCUCUCGUCGACACACCCUCUCAGGCCGCCCAUCAAUCCGGUCUGUCCAAAUGAUCUGUCGCUAA